CCUAAUUCAUUCAUUCAAUCAAAUAGUUCUAGGUCUUACAAAAUGGAGGCAUCAUCAACAAACUCAAACUAUACCCUAAUUCCAUUCAUUGAUAUCAGUAUGAUCUUGUUGUUUCUUAGCUUGACAUGUUAUGACAGCUUUAAAAGUUUCUUGUUAACUUAUUGGUCUUUCCAUCAAUCCAAACAUGGCAGCUCAAAGGCAUCACCCGACUUGCAGAAAACCCAGAAUUUUGAGUGUUCAACCGAAGAAGCUCCAUUUCAUAAGAAAGAAGAUUGUGUGACAGUUUGCGGAAAAGAUGUGGAGAAGUUGAUGGGAAAUCUGGGCUUUUUUUGCAGCCGAGAAAGUGAGGAGCUAAAUGAAUCAUUUGGUUCUGAUGAGCUUUCCAGGCUGUUUGAGGAAGAGCCAAGCUUCGAAGAGUUGAAGGAAGCUUUUGAUGUGUUUGAUGUGAAUAAAGAUGGGUUUAUUGAUGCACAAAAGUUGCAGAGAGUUCUCUGUAUUCUGGGUCUAAAGGAAGGUCUAAAGAUUGAGAAUUGCAACAAAAUGAUCAACAACUUUGAUGUAAAUAGAGAUGGCAGAAUAGAUUUUCAGGAAUUUGUAAAACUAAUGGAGAAUAAUUUUUUCUGAAUCAGUCUAAUAACAUUCAUAUACUGUGAUUCCAUUUUUC